CUCCCAAAAGAAGAAAAAAAAAAACCGUUUUUUAAAUUUCCCUCUCCGGUGCUGUUUGCUCUCGACUGUCAUGCGCACUUGUGCACACGCAGCACGAGUCGUGAAGAGGGAGGGUGUCUCGCGCUCUGACAGCUGUUGCAACUAAAAUCACACAGACUAUCUGUCAAGGGAAUUUCUCGACCCACUGGAUGUUUCCACUGUUUUUAUUCAAUCAAUACAUUUCCAUCCUACUUUUUGUGUUUUCCCUAAGCCAUUUUCAUCCGCAGCACAAGAAAGGAAAGGCUAAGCUGGGCCAGUUGGACUUGGAGGGAGCUCUGAUUGCCAGAGACCGAGUUGGCAUCCAGGAUUUCGUACUUCUCGAUGCCCACAACAGUGAAACAGCAUUCCUGGACAAUUUGAAGAAACGUUUCUCAGAGGAUUUGAUAUACACUUACAUAGGUACUUUGCUGAUAUCCAUAAACCCAUACAAAAUGUUGGACAUCUACACCAAGAAGCAGAUGGAUUUCUACAUGGGGGUGAACUUCUUUGAGCUUCCACCUCAUAUCUAUGCAGUAGCAGAUAAUGCAUACCACACCAUGUUAAUGGAAGCCAACAACCACUUUAUUCUGAUAUCUGGGGAGAGUGGAGCAGGCAAAACAGAGGCCUCCAAAAAGAUCUUGCAGUAUUAUGCAGUGAGCUGCCCUAGCACCACUUUGCUAGACACUGUGAGAGACUGCAUGCUCAUGUCCAACCCUGUACUAGAGGCCUUUGGAAAUGCAAAGACAAUGAAAAAUGACAACUCCAGUCGUUUUGGGAAGUAUAUGGACAUUCAGUUUGACAGCCAGGUCCUCAGUCCAUUCACUAUAGAUCAUGCUGUCUAUGCGAGAGAUGCCCUGGCCAAAGCAAUUUAUAGUCGUACCUUCACAUGGCUGGUCAACAAGAUCAAUGAGUCUCUGGAGAAUAAGGAUUCAAGCAGGAAGACAGUCAUUGGAUUGUUAGACAUCUAUGGCUUUGAGGUAUUCAGUGUGAACAGCUUUGAGCAGUUUUGCAUAAACUUCUGUAAUGAGAAGCUACAGCAACUCUUCAUUCAGCUGACGAUGAAGGCUGAACAGGAGGAAUAUGAAGCAGAAGGAAUUGGGUGGGAGCCAGUGCAGUUCUUUAACAAUAAAAUCAUCUGUGACCUGGUGGAGGAGCAGCACAGGGGAAUAAUUUCCGUGCUGGACGAGGAGUGUCUGCGACCAGGUGACGCUACUGAUCUCACAUUUCUCGAGAAGCUUGAGCAGAGAAUGGGAAAUCAUCCCCAUUUUGUGACGCAUAAGUUGGCUGAUAAAAAGACACGCAAGACUCUGGAGAGAGGGGACUUUCGUCUUCUUCAUUAUGCAGGAGAAGUGACCUACUGCAUUGUGGGCUUCAUCGACAAAAACAAUGAUCUUUUGUACAAGAACAUCAAAGAAGUGAUGUGCUUGUCAAAAAUCCCAAUAAUACAUGAAUGCUUUCCAGCCACUGAAGCAGACAGCAGGAGAAGGCCUGAGACAGUGGCCACUCAGUUUAAGAACAGCCUACUUCGACUGACGGAGAUUCUAACAGCUAAGGAGGCAUGGUAUGUGCGUUGCCUCAAGUCCAAUGAAAAUAAGCAGCCAGGCAAGUUUGAUGAAGUCCUGGUGAGACACCAGGUGAAAUAUCUGGGCUUAAUGGAGCACCUGAUGGUCAGACGAGCUGGAUUUGCAUAUCGGCGUAGAUACGAUGUCUUUCUACAGAGGUAUAAAGCACUUUGUCCUGUCACUUGGCCCCACUGGAGAGGUGUACCUUCAGAUGGGGUGGAAACACUGGUGCAGCAUCUGGGCUACCAGCCUGAUGAGUAUAAAAUGGGCAGGACAAAGAUAUUCAUACGAUAUGCAAGGACACUUUUUGCCACUGAAGACGCUUUUGAAAUCUGCAAACAUGAACUGGCUACAAGAAUACAGGCCAAAUACAAAGGCUACAGGGCCAAAGGAGAGUUUAGAAAACAGAAAGAAGCCGCUACAAAAAUUGAGACAUGCUGGAGAGGGGUGCAGGCACGGAAGGAGAGAGAGCGCAGAGCCUGGGCUGUCAAAGUAAUUAAAAAGUUUAUCAAGGGCUAUAUGACACGUCAUGAGGCAAUAACUACAGACAACACAGAAUACCUGGCCUUUGUCCAACAGAGCUACCUGAAUAGACUUAAAGAUAACUUACCAAAGACCGUAUUGGACAAGACAACAUGGCUGACACCUCCCCCAGUUGUGAAAGAGACCUCAGCAAUUCUGCGUCAGCUGCACACUCGUAUGUUGGUGAGGAAGUAUGUGCGGGGAACCACAUCACAGAAAAAAGCACAGCUGCAACAAAAAGUAGUAACCAGUGCCAUCUUUAAGGGAAAGAAGGAAAGCUAUCCUCAGAGCAUCCCUGUGCCUUUUGUGGACACCAGGAUCAAUGAACAAGACAUCAAUAUGAGGGUUCUUCAGACUAUACGACAUGAACGUAUCAAGUACAGCAUUCCUGUGGUGAAGUAUGACAGGAAUGGAUUUAAACCCAGACAAAGGCAACUUAUUCUUACUCAGGCUGCUGUGUACCUGGCAGAAGAAGCUAAGAUCAAACAGAGGGUGGACUAUGUUUCUCUAAAAGGUGUUUCUGUCAGUAAUCUGGGCGACUCCAUCAUGAUCCUCCAUGUUACUUGUGGUGAUCCAAAACAGAAGGGGGACCUGGUACUUCAGUGUGACCACUUGUUUGAAGUUUUGACCAAACUGGCUAUGCUUGCAAACAAGCAGAAUAACAUCAAGGUGGUUCAGGGAAGCAUAAAGUUCGAGAUCCAUGUGGGCAAAGAGAGCUGUGUUGACUUCAGCACUGGACAGGAACAUAUGGUUUAUAAAGGCAAAAAUGGAAAUCUGAUGGUGGUGUCUCCACGGAUCAAGUUUCGAUGAUCUGAAGGAGGUCUCGGAGUCUGUGUAUAUUUCAUGAGGGAAACUCUGGGAAGAGGAUAUCUUACUCCAACCCCAACCCUCUCACACAACCUUUAGACUUCUAAGAGCUCAGUAUAUGAAAAUCCUACUGAAUUUGCUAAAUAAUUAUUGCAAAGAUCAUCAAAACAAAAUUUGUUGUCAGAUCACCAUUCUAGCAAUCACAUAUCUAUUUCUGACAAGCCACAGUGAACAAUUGGU